AUGGAGGACACGUCCAGCGAGUCUGACGAUUCCUCAACUGAAGAGGACCCGGAGAUCCCGGAGAAGGCUCAAGGACCUCCGCCAGCAGCUGUUGCGCAACCUUCACAGCCAGUUGUCGUUCGCACCCGAAACGGUCCACACUAUGAGCUUAAGCAUACCAUGAGGGGUCAUACAGACUCUAUUUCGUCUGUCAAGUUCAGUCCAGACGGCACUCUUCUUGCUUCAACUUCAAAUGAUAUGCUCAUUAAAAUUUGGUCUCCCGCGACUGGAGAACUCAUCCGCAAUCUGGUGGGACAUACCAAAGGGAACUCAGAUAUUUCCUGGUCUUCGGAUAGUGUGCAUUUAGCCUCUGCUUCGGAUGACCGCACAAUUCGAAUUUGGGAUGUAGAUUCCGGUCUCACUACACGCAUAUUGAAAGGACACAGUGACUCCGUAUUCUGCGUAAACUAUAAUAAUACAUCUACCCUUAUUGUAUCUGGUUGCAUAGAUGGAGACAUCAAGUUAUGGAAGGCUGCUAAUGGGAAAUGCAUGAAAACAUUGAAUGCGCACUUAGACUAUGUCACCGCAGUACACUUCAAUCGCGAUGCAAGCUUAAUCGUCUCAUGUUCUUUGGAUGGCCUUAUUAAAAUUUGGAAUACCACGACAGGCCAAUGUCUCAAAACACUAACGGAGGCAAGUGCUGAAGCACUUUGCCAACAUGUCCAAUUUUCCCCCAAUUCAAAAUAUAUCCUCUCGACGGCACAUGACAGUGCGAUUCGACUAUGGGAUUACCAGACCUCGCGUUGUCUCAAGACGUACAAAGGGCAUACGAACCGAUUAUACUCUAUUUGUGCGUGCUUUAGUGUUACUGGAGGUAAAUGGAUCGUAUCGGGCAGUGAGGAUCAUCGUGUGUAUCUUUGGGACCUGCAGUCACGAGAGAUUGUUCAGGUGUUGGAAGGACAUGAAGAUGUCGUUGUGUCUGUUGCAACACACCCCACCCAGAAUAUGAUUGCAUCUGCAUCGUUUGACAGCGACCUUUCAAUUCGAAUAUGGGUCGAUCGAGGACCUCCUGCAUCUACUCCCUCUGCACCUGUUCCCUCCGCCCUGGUUCCUUCUUCUGCCAAGCAAGAUAAGCCGGACGAAGGUUGA